CUCAUCAUUACAUUCUUAUAGAUGCGUAUUUUCAUUGGCAUAUGUGAUGUAGCGUGGAAUUUGAUGCAUGGCAACUCGGAACACGCGUAUGAAAGAUUGGGGUUGCAAAAAUAUGAAUACAAAUGGACAGGUGAAUUUGAAAAGAAGGUAUCGACGAGGAGCGAGUAUUGAGGAGCACGAUCGAUUAUGAUUCAUUCAGUUUCUUAAGGCUUAAAUUGAAACUUUGAUACACCUAUUGUAGAUCCGGGCUAACGAGUAGAGAUGACUGUUGAGUUUUGAAUCGAUACUCUUAGUCUGUUCUUAAUUACUUUAAGAGCAUUUCAAUUAAUGUCUUGGGAUGCUAAUACGGCUCUCUGAUUGAUUCAUGACAUGUUGAGCCUGCACUUGAUACAUAAAGUAUCACAAUUAUGAAUAUAUCACCACCAGCAGCGGCAAUGUUUCGAGAACGUUUCGUAAAAAUGCGCGCAUUCGAGGCUCGAGAAAGAUGGCAGGACAGUCAAUGUUUGAUCUUCACUUGACUCAACCUCUAGUAAGUAUCCGCUAGGUGCGUGUGAGUCGAGUCGAAUCGAAUCGAAUCGCUUUGUUCCAAGCGUGGCGUGACGGAACUCGGAAGAGUGGAGAGAAAGGAGGGAUCGACGUUACGGAGUGACGAACGAAUGUGUUUAGAAUAUUUAGAUCGUACGAGAUAAUCGAACGCGAAAAGAAAAUUGAGCAAAGAUAAGCGUUGUUUGCGAAUGCAAUCAGCUCGAUCGGCAAGUACGCGCAAGCGCCAACACGCCACGUUCUAAUUGCCUCAUUAUCACUCGUACCCUACUCUACGACGUAACCGUCGCCAUAAUUAAUAUAUUUUCAUACGGUUGAAAUAUUAAGAACAGCUUAGAGAACGCGUGUAUUCUCUCGAUCGAAAGAUCGAUCCGAGGGAUUUAGGCGACGGCAAGCGACGCUGGAUCUGGAUGUGGAGUAGGUAUGUAGUGGCGAGUGCGUUGAAGCGCGCGUCGUCAUUGUCGUCCAAUCGAAGCCAAUCUGCCAAUCUGCCAAUCCGCGAUCGAAGCUGAUCGAAGCUGAUCGAAGCUGGUCGAAGCGUCGCGCGUCCAACUUUCGGUGGUAUCACUAGUCGUAACACGCUCCGGCCUCCGACUCGAAGUCGUUUUGUCGUUUACCGAUGGCGUGACCACCGUCGUAGUGGCGUGUCAGGCGGCUAUAUGUAUGUACCGUUAGUUUGAAUCUAUUCCCGUUGGUCGGCUCGAGCGACAUCCACGCUCACAGCUCACGUACCUACCGACCGAGGAGGGCUGAGCCAUAUUCGAUCGCGGUUGGUCAUCGUAAACCCGGAAACGAAGCGUGUGUGCGCGUCUCCGUUCAGCGAGAGCGCCGAGAGCUCAAGUGUGCGUUCGAGCGAGAGCGAGAGCGAGAGAGAGAGAGAGAGAGAGAGUGUGUGUGUGCGAGUGCGAAUUUAUCGCGGAGUCACUCUCGAGCUCUCCUCGAACUUCCGUUAGAGACGUGCGCGCGUCCAUCCUGACGUCUCUCUACGCAUAUGUAUGACGUGUGCAUCGCAGCGACAGCCGCGGCGAUACGUCGGUCGGCGUGUUCACGUUGAAAUGAGAAAGUUGUUGCCGUUGCGCUGAGGAUUGGGAACGACGACGCACGCGAACCAGCCAGACGGACAAUUCCCGUACUAAGCGGACGUACGGAGACCGAAGGUAGCGACAGUAACCAGCGGUACAUUGAGCCGAGUGUGGACGGAGAGUCAUUUGGUCGUUUAUAGUUGGUCGUCUACCUGCCUGUACUUACGAGGUGUAAUCGUCGGAAAUUUGAAAAAUGAAUUUCACGCCUUUCCCCGGAUUUACUGGCUCGUUGCCGACCGGCACUGUUCAUCAAUUCGCCACAGCGAAAUUUGCACAGAAUCUUACCACUGGAGGACAGGUGGUAGGAGUUUUAUCCGGUGGUGAAGGUGGAGUUCAUUAUUUAAGACCAGUCGAUCCAAAUGGCUUUGCUGUGGCUCAGAGCGGUAAUAGUCAACAACAACAAAUUAUUACUUUGCCUAUCACCGUUCCGGGAAAGGAUGGUACGCAGCAACAGCAGACUGUCCAAAUACAAGUGGUCAACCCUAGUGUGUCUCAAAGCGGAAAUAGCGGCGAUCAGCCAAAGUAUCACUUGGCACCGAUAUCUCUGAGUCAGUUUCCACAGGGAGCAGCUACCGUUCUCACUGUUGCCUACAGUCAACAAGGCGCGGAUGGUGUUCAAAUUCAAGUACAACCGCAAAACACCGUAGCGACUACACAAACGUCUGAUCAAACGACACAAAGUACGUCUACCGCCGUGACCACUACGUCUCAACAGACUAUUCAACAGACGGUACAACUUCCGGGAGCGCCCGAAGGUCUGACUGUAGUUGCCCAGAUUCCUCAAGACUUGAUUCUACGAGAGAGCAUAGAGGAGUCCAAGGAGGAUGUUAAGGAGGGCACGACACCCGUGGCUCUUAUUAAACGAGGUAGUGUCAAGAGUCAAGGUAAUCAGAGUGGGGAAGAAUUCAUUACUUCUAUGCCUGCCAGUUGGCAGAGUCUCGCUACUCCAGGAUCCACGGUCGCAGAUUAUCUCUCCAGACUGCCAACAAGUACUUUGCCUCUUAGUUUGCAACAUUUUCUCAAGUUUUCGGCGGAAACUAUUAAAAGGGAAGCUACCAUUGAAUCCAGUCCGCUCGGACCGGAUGGUCUCGAUGCUUCCGGAAGUACAGCUUCGGGAGAGCAAGCUGUGCAGAUUACAGUCGCCGGAGGAGAAACGGCCAUCAUUCCCGACGUUGUCGAAGAACAGGAGCCAGGAGCGAAACCGAAGCGGAAAAAGAAAUACAAAAAGAAACCACCGAAACCGAAGAAACCGAAACCAGGACAAGUGAGCAUAGUCACUGCUCUCGAUGGCACGACCCUAUUUUGCUGCCCUCAAUGUAAUAUGGCGUAUCCGGAGAAGGAAAGUUUGGAACAGCAUUUGAUCGGACAUAAAAUAGAGAGGAGAUUUAUAUGCGACAUUUGCGGCGCUGGUCUUAAACGAAAGGAACAUUUGGAACGACACAAAUUAGGCCAUAAUCCUGAUAGGCCUUUUAUUUGUUCCGUUUGUAUGAAGGGCUUUAAACGAAAAGAGCACUUGAAUCUUCAUUUUGUUAUACAUUCUGGGCAAAAGACCGAAGUUUGCACCGAAUGCGGCAAAGCAUUCUAUCGAAAAGAUCACCUUAGAAAGCACGCGAGAUCUCACCUUACUAAGCGUGCCAAAGAGGAUCCAUUGAAUACGACGAACGAUACGACGCAGAAUCAACAACAGACGGACCAACAAGUGGAACAAAUGCAACAACAGUCGUCGGUACCCGAAUUGCAGCAAAUUCAGAUUCAAGUAGGACAAGGAUCCCAAGCGCAGAUUCACCAGAUAUCGGUUAACGAACAGUCUACCGUAGUUUUACCUACAGCGGCUGAAACUGGAGCUAUGACGAUGCUUCAUCAUCAGCAGCAGCAGCAGCAGCAACAACAGCAGCAGCAGUCGCAGCAGUCACAGCAACAGCAGCAGCAACAAUCGCAACAGUCGCAACAGUCGCAGCAACAGCCACAACAGCAGCAACAGCAACAGCAUUAGCAACAGCAUACCGCCCCAAAUCAACUUGGGCGUCGUGGUCGUCGUGGUCUUCGUCGUCGUCGUCAUCGUCGUCGUAGUCGUAGUCGUCGUCAUCGGUAUCGUCGGGCGCCGCUACCGCUACCGCCACCGCUGCCGCCUCUGCCACCUCCUCUUCCUCCGCUGUCGCCGCGUCUUUACAUAGACAAAGUUAUGCCAGCGAGUCGAGAUGCCGUUGCAUCGGCAUGCGUAGAGAUACACGAAUUCUGCUUACGAUCUGCAAUGAAUUUCCCACCGUUCGGAGGUCACUUCCCUAGCACCAUACCGAGUAUCCAUCAAUUUGCAACCGAUAGUUCCAGUGGUGCAGGCGCGCGUUACGCCAAUCAUUUUCCCAACCAGCCUCCAAUCGGAGUGCCGGUUGUGGGAAAAUACCGUCCCGAGAACAACGGCGUACAGUCGGCUCAGUCGCAAGUAAUGAUGAACAAUAAAGCUAGCUAUCCCAAUAGUUCUAAUGUUCAUCAUUAUCCGAAUGUGCCGUACACUCAAGCUCAAUCGGUUCAACAACGACCAACCAACUCGCCUGGAAUGCAAGAGAAACGAUCGUAUCAUCAGCAAUCUACGGAAACUAUAAAUCAACAAGAUGUUUGCAACCUUCUUCAAGACAAGGACAAGAGCAAGGAAAAGAAAGCUGAGGAGCAACAGCGGAAUGGAGAGACUACGACGAAUGGCACUCAACAGGAUUAUACGAUGCACCAACAUCACCAACAGCACGCUCAUACUCAGACGCCAGCUACUAUGCCCGCAACGUGGCAAUCGCUCGCGACUCCCGGUUCCACUGUAGCUGAUUAUCUCAGCCAUUUACCAGCUAGCACCUUGCCAUUGAGUUUACAUCAUUUUCUCAAGUAUUCUGCCGAAAGUAUCAAAAAAGAGUCGGAAAUGGCGCAAACAACCUCAGUGGCUGUGGCGACUACAACAACGCCCAAUAUAAUGAUGUCACCGAAUAAUAAAAAGAAGAAAAAGAAGAAGACGCCGAAGGAGAAAAAGCCACGUCCGAAACCUGGCGAAAUUCGUUUAACGACAGCGUUAGACGGUUCGACAUUAUAUUGUUGUCCAGAAUGCCAUAUGGCGUAUCCAGAACGAGAAUUGUUAGAGCAGCACCUUUUAGGUCAUACUUUAGAGAGAAGAUUUGUUUGUGACAUAUGUGGCGCCGGUUUGAAACGAAAAGAUCAUCUCACGCGUCAUAAACAGAGCCAUAACCCUGAGCGACCUUACGUUUGUACCGUUUGCUUGAAAGCUUUUAAAAGAAAGGAACAAUUAACACUACAUUUUGUAAUACAUUCUGGGGAGAAGCGACACGUAUGCACCGAGUGUGGCAAAGGAUUUUAUCGGAAGGAUCAUUUACGGAAACAUACCAGAAGUCACAUUGCGAGAAGAGUGAAGGCUGAAUUAAGUCAAAAUGCUGGUACGCAACAGAAUCAACAACAAAAUAACGUUUCGAAUAUGCAAACCACAACUGUCUCAGCGUCAUCCGUUCUUCCGGGUGGACAUCCGGGCUCUCUCCUGUCCUGAGCCCCGCCACCAGGGAACUUUCAGGUUCCCCAUCCAAAUAAUAUUCUUCAUACUCAUACAUCGCAUCAUUCGCUACAUCAUCAUCAUCAUCUAACGACAGUAAACGUAGCACAUCAAUCAACUGUUACACCACUCGCUACAUCUGGUCAUUAUCAGUCACAUGAGCUUAACUUUUUGGGGCACGUUAAAGAUUUCUGAGACGAGGAGAGGACCUCGAUGAAGAGGUAACACCAAGAUGCUAAUCAAUUGUCACUAUCAUCGCCAACGACGAUAAUAAUUAGCUCCGAGACUGACUCAUGAUUUCAAUUGAAUGAAUGAAUUUUAUAAAUGUGUAUUUACGUUAUUUGUGCUUCUAACUUCCUCCUCGUUUUGUCUUGUCAAUAUAAUAGGGAAGGGGAGGAAAGUGAUGUUUCAUUCCUUCUUCAAGUCUUAAUUUAUUUUUGACUAGACAACUUGUUAUAUUUGUCAUGUAAUUUUCAUUGCCAGUAAUGUUCCCACCACAAUAAUAAUGCUAUACAUCAACAGACAUAAUAAUAUUUUACGCAAAUACAAGAGAUGUCCAAUUAUAAUAAAUCUUCC